UUCAGCAAACCGGGGAAGUUGCUGCAAGAGGAGCUGGAAAGACCUCAUGCUGCCGUUCUCUCCCUGUCUUCCUUCUGCAGGGGAGGCCGUUUCAUGGCAUAGACCUUAAACAGGGCUGCUGUGGGGGAUCUGACUGCUGUCCCGUUAAGCAGGAAGUAGCAAGACACAGAGUCGAGCAGGUGAGUCUGGCUCUCCCCCGACGCCAUGGACUGGAAGACGUUACAGGGCCUGCUGAGCGGGGUGAACAAGUACUCCACGGCCUUUGGGCGCAUCUGGCUCUCCGUGGUCUUCGUCUUCCGGGUGCUGGUCUACGUGGUGGCAGCAGAGCGCGUGUGGGGGGAUGAGCAGAAGGACUUUGACUGCAACACCAAGCAGCCCGGCUGCACCAACGUUUGCUAUGACCACUACUUCCCCGUCUCUCACAUCCGCCUCUGGGCCCUGCAGCUCAUCUUCGUCACCUGCCCUUCCCUGCUGGUGAUCAUGCACGUGGCCUACCGGGACGAACGGGAGCGGAAGAACCGGGAGAAGAACGGCGAGAAUUGCCCCAAGCUCUAUAGCAACACGGGCAAGAAACACGGCGGGCUGUGGUGGACCUACCUGCUGAGCCUCUUCUUCAAGCUGACCAUCGAGAUCACCUUCCUCUAUCUCCUCCACAAGAUGUGGGACAGCUUUGACCUGCCACGCCUGGUCAAGUGUGCCAACCUGGACCCCUGCCCCAACAUCGUGGACUGCUACAUUGCCCGGCCCACCGAGAAAAAGGUUUUCACCUACUUCAUGGUGGGGGCCUCCGCCAUCUGCAUCGUCCUCACCGUCUGCGAGAUCUUCUACCUCCUCUUCAAGCAGGCCGCCCGGAGCCUGCAAAAGUGGAAGAAGAACGCCACCAAGCACGCAAUCAGCUACAGCCUGGCUUCCACCUGCCGGUGCCACAUCAAGCUGGAGCAGCAAGAGGCCAAAGCCAAGAACAAGACAUUGGAGGCUCUCCGGGCCUCUGCCCCCAACUUGACUUUGAUCUGAAAGGGCAUAGCGGGGGCGGGAAGAGCCCUCACAUUGGCCAGAGACAGUUGGCUUCCAAGAUGGCUGCCUGCUAUGCCACAAGUAUUACCGGAGUAUUUCAAUGGGAACUCGAUGGCUCUGGAAAAUCCAGGGCGAGGAGGCCCAUCUUCAACAGAGGGGGCUCUUCCUGUUCUGUGUGGCCGACAUGUGGGGAUGUUUAUGAGACUAUGGGCUGUGGCCGCCAUUUUGUUGGGGCCAGGCAGAAAGGACGAGGCCCUGGCUGUGAGUUUACAUGCAGGGCACAGGUUGGGUGGUUUGCCCGGCCGAGGAGGGUGCGCUUUUCAUUAUUUGCAGGCCAUCAAGCCGCUCUGUGUGAUCCUGUAGGUUGGAGCUUCCCUCGUACAUGCUCGGACAGGCCCUAGGGAAGGGAGGCAAGGGCUGGCUUUUAAGCCUGAGGAGAAAUGACUAAUGUAAAGUUGCCAAGGACAAUAUUUGCCUGCUGUUCUCUUCCCCCCACUGAUACUGGCACACCCCAAAGCCCAGCUCCCUUCCUGGACUCCAAUACAUUGAGUAGGGGGGGCUUGGGCCCAGUACCUCUGCGGAGGGUUAAUUCACCAGGUCGUUGAAGGAAGGGGCUUCACUCGGAGACUGAAACAGGGAUCAGAUCCCUGCCUCGCCCCUGAACCGUGACCUUACCAUAGAAGGAAGUCCACGGAGUCUAGCAGUUCUGUGGGAACAAAGCCAUAGGCUCCGAGUGGGCCUGUGGGUGUGGCUCUUGGGAGAGUCCGUGUAUUGCGGUAGGGGAGUCAAAUCCCAUUUCGUUAGGUAACGAGUUAAAUGUUAACGGAUUAAAUGGGGGCAGGGAGGCUGGCGCAGCCCAUCCCCUGGCCCCUCACCACCACAGCAGGAAGGGACUGCUCCAGCCCAGUUGUUUGCCAGCAAGACUGGAGCAGCCCUCUGCCCGCAGUGGUCUGCACGUGGGGGAGGGAGCGGGCUGCUCCCCAGAUACCAGUUAACCAGUGCCCAGUUAGCAUUCCCAUUGAGAGUGAUGCUCACUGGGGGUGUCUAAACUACGUGGCUCCAUUGACGGAGCCAUGUAGCUUAGGCUGAUCGGCAAAGGGAAAUG